CUUCGUCUCAGUGGACAAAAAUAUUAAAUCACAGUAAUUUUCCUGAGUAUAAAUUUAGAUUGAGAGAACCACAUCUUUGUGAUAAAGCCUAUUCAGGAUAUAUUGAUGUUAAAGACAAACAUUUAUUUUUUUGGUUUUUCGAAUCGAGAAGUAACCCUCAAGAAGAUCCAAUCGUUCUUUGGCCAAUUGAUACAGGUUAUUCUUACGGUGAUGCUGAUGUAUCUAAUUCUUUCACUGCUGCACAUGAUGUAUACGUAUUUUUACAAAUCUUUUUCCAAGAGUUCCGCCAAUACGCCAAUUUAGAUUUCCAUAUUUCCGGUAUAUCGUACGCAGGACAUUUCGUAAUCGCCAUAGCCUCAGAUAUAAACAAAUAUAAUAAUGUCGAUAAUUCCAUAAAGAAUCAUAUUCAUAUUAAUCUUAAAUCCAUUUUGAUUGGAAAUGCUCUAGUAAACGCUCCUGUGCAAUAUAAAUAUUAUCCAGACAUGGCCUGUGAUUCAUCUUAUGGACCAGUAGUAGAUGAUUCUGGAUGUAAUCAGAUGAGAAGAUAUUAUAUUCAAUGUAUUAAAUUGACUAAAACAUGCUACGAUUCAAAAAAUGUAACAGAUUGCGUAACCGCUGAAAAUUGUUUUGAAAGAAUGGCCCUACCUUAUUGGAAUACCCAUAGAAGUUUUUUUGAUAUAAGAAAAUAUCGUAUUACUGAUGACAGUGAUUCAUGUUAUUAUCCAGAACUCCAUGAUAUCGCGAAAUAUUCUAAUCGUGAAGAUGUUAAGACCGAAUUGGGUGUUAAUCCUUCAAUACAACGUUUCGACAUAUACGUUCCAUCGCUCUUGGAAAGCAAAAUUCGAAUAUUAGUAUACGCUGGUUGUGAAGCGUGGACAAAAGCACUUAAAUGGAGCGGCACCAAAGGUUUUAAUAAUGCUAAUGUUACUCGUUGGAUAACAACUUAUGGUACUUAUUCUGGAGAUGUUAGAACAUUUAAAGGACUUACAUUCCUGGGAGUUUUUAAAGCAGGUCAUUAUGUAACUCAUGAUCAACCAAUUGCAAGCUUCGAUUUCUUUAAUAAAUGGAUAUUCAAUAAGGAUUU